AUGCAUAAGCUCCUCCUGGCACUGGCCCUUGGGGUGCUGUUGUCAGAGAUGCGGCCAGAGAGUGAAGCCCGGACGCCUCCCUACGGUGUGAAGCUAUGUGGCCGGGAGUUCAUCCGUGCCGUCAUCUUUACCUGCGGAGGAUCCCGGUGGAGACGGGCAGAUCUUGGUGCCCUCCCAGGAGCUGAUUCCACUGAAGCCUUUGUUGCAACUUCUUCCUCCAAUGAAUGGGACUCAAUCCGCAUCCCCCCAAAGGACCCUUCAGAUUACUUUGGGAGCUGGAGGGGCCACAGUCCCUCAGAAGACAUCUGGGCCUUGGACCGCGGUGCUCGUGACGUUAUGGCAGGGCUGAGCAAUGCCUGCUGUAAGUGGGGUUGCAGCAAGAGUGAGAUCAGCUCCCUGUGUUAG